AUGACGCCAUGUCCCAGCGCUGGGGGUGCUGACUGUAAUAAGGCAGGAGAAACUUUAGGAGUCCUGCCUGCCCCCUGGCGUCCGGGCCGCUGGUCCUCAAGGCCGCAUCGGAGUUCAGUGAAGGUCACCGCAGCCUGCACGCCAGGGCCAGUGACUGGGCCUCCACGUGCCACAAGGGCUUUUGGAGGAAUUGCAGCCCUGGGCAGCUGCGCGGCUGCGGCAGCGUGUGGUGACGUCGCAGCCACUGAGGACUGCGCGUGCUCACGUCCUUCCGGCGGGCUGAAGGCAGCAGAGCCCACAGGUGAAGGCCUGCACCGGGCCCCAUCCCCCACAGCCGCCCCACAGAGCCGCAAUGGGCGCUCCCAUAUCCAUGUACCUGGACGUCCUGUUCCCCAGAUGAGAAGAGGUCGUGUUCCGGAAACACCAGACCAUCUCAGAGAGAAGAGGGAGGAACCAGACACGGGUUUCAUCCGCUUCUUGAGAUUUGGUGGGCUGAGUUCCAUCCUACAGCAUGAAAAUAAAGGCCAUACUUUCAGUGUGAAGGAGAAAGCUAGAAGCAGGGUGGAACAAAGACACAGCCUAGCUGCUGUAUCUGCCCUGGACUCUAUGAAAAUCAUCAUGAGUUAGUGGCAAAUAAUGGAAUAAGGUAAAGCCAUGGCAGUGGUAGUCGCUCAUCUGAAGAAUCUCUCUCUUCCUCAAGGGACGGAUAAGCUGAAGCACUUCUGGCAUUUGUCUGAGUAUUGUCUGGGAUGCUGCCGACAGGUGCCUUUGUAUAGAUAAUUCAACUGCAUAAAUAUUAUUUUGUACUUAGGAUUACCCUGAGUGAGGUCAUGAUUUUUUUUAAAAGAGUAUAAGAUAUUCAUUCAAGAGAGUAUAUUGAGAAAAACACCUUACA